ACGACCUCGUACACUGUUGUUUCAAUCUCAACCAGUCCAUUAACUAAUCCACCAACCCAAAAAAACCGCGAGAUUUUCCCUCCAUAAAAAUUAUACCCAGUCUUUAAUCCUCACUCUCUCUCUCCCUCUCUCUUGAUGCCCUACUUUCCUGUUGGGUUUUUUCAGCCAUGAGUCCGAUUGAUUCUACGGGCAAUGAUGAUCGCAAAAUCCACCAAGAUUUUGACUUCGUCGACACUCAACCAUUCGACACCGAUGGCGAGGAGGACGAUGUUUGUGGAUACUUCGAGGACACAGUGCCUUUCGACGAAGACGACGACGUUUUGGAGACCGAAGCGGUGGACCUUGCCGGUGAAACUCAGGCAUUGGAUGAUGGUGACGCUUUCGAUGAUGUCCUUUUGGAGACCGAAGCGGUGAACCUUGCCGAGGAAAUUCAGGCAUUGGAUGACGGUGACACGCAGUUGCUGGAGGAAGAGUCGGAUUCGGAUAGAACGCAAGUUUUGGAGACUGUGGAUGAUGAUGAGGUAUCUGUCGACAAUGUCAAUGGUGAAGCCGCGGAUAGCAAGAAGGUUGAAUCCUCACAACAAAACAGCUAUGGUUCUAUGCCACCACGGUUUAAUUUUCUCCAUGCAGAAUCUUUGCGGCAAGCUGCUCUAGCCUGCGACAUGGAUUUGAAAGAAACCCUGGAUGUGACCAAUUCUGUCAAGGGUACGAGUCAGUUUUGUCAGGAACCACUGGUUGUAAAGGAUAAGGGAGAAUCCUUUCUUAGAUGUUCUGAGAAGGAUGGGGGAGUUGAUCAAGAAAACGAGCAUGGGAAAUACAGUGUGGAAGUUGGGGGGUUUAAGAGCAAAAGUAUGUGCAAGGUUGCUAACUCAACAGUGAGAAAACUUUUCAAUGAUGUUUUACCUGUUGAAACAAACCAACCUUCUCUUAGCAGCAAUGAUUUUAAUGAAGGAGACGACUUGGACAAGUUGCCUAUUUACCAUGGUGAAUUGUCGGGGUUAAGCUAUGUGAACUCUCAAGAACCUGGAGUUUUGUCACAGGACAAUGCUCUUUGUUUUGUAGAUAGGUUUCUCAAAGAUAAUAUCAUGGAGUUUGAUCAAGAAACUAACUGUCUUAAAAUGGAGGGAAAGUCAAAAUCCAUCCCCAGUACGAAAAGGCAACACAGUUUGGCCAAGACAGUAAAUGAUAAAGGCAAAGCUAGAAGAACUGGGAUUUAUGACUGGGAUGAUAGCCGUGAGGAUGAAGGUGGAGGAGAUAUAUUCCUAAGGAGAAAAGAAGAUUUUUUUAAGGGUGAAAUGCGUAGGCCAAGGUCGUUGCCAGGAUUCCAGAAGAGCAAAGUACACAGACUAAAUGAUGAUAAGGAAGACAAGAAACAAUUUAGUAUUCCUAAUAAAAGAAAGACUGCAGUUCAUUCUGAUUCAAAACUAGGGAUGCAUAUUCUGAAAGUAAGGGACAAUAUUAUACCAGAAGCAACAAUGUUAAAACGGAAUCUUGCUAACGAAUUGGAUGAACAAUUUAACACUGAUUGCUCUAGAGGAGAGAUGGAGCCCAAUGCUAAUGCAUGUGCACAGGAGAUGCUGGAUGUAGGUUUAGAUACUCAAAUGGCUGCUGAGGCUAUGGAAGCUUUAUGCAAUGUCGGGGAUAUUGUUGAUCAUGUUGCUAAUAAUGCCACUCAUGUUACUAGAAGUGGUUUAACUUAUAAACUUAAUAACUCUUCUACUGGAAAAGUGGGGUCGGGUUCGUCAAAGGAACGUUCGGUACAAUAUGACAGGAAAAGGAAAGUUGAUGUUAAAUCAAAGUUGCAAACUUCAGGUUUAUCAAAGAAAAGUACUAAAGAAGUCAAGCAAUGCACAGAGGACAAUAUGAUGACAAGAUCGAAGAGAAGCAAGUUAAAUGCAGAAGGCAACCAAACCUCCAGUGCUAAUGAAAAUGGUAGAGUAUCCUUGUCUCCAAUAAUUGCACAAAGAAAGUCAGAUGGAGCUUUGAAAAGACAUCAGCUUGAUGAGUUGGAUAAUCCUGAUGGUAAUAAUGGAGAAGGUGGAGGGAGUUCAGUCGACAAAAGGCAUUUUCAGGAUGGUGUUUGGCAUUUUACACCAAUUGCCUGCAGAACUCGACGGUCCUUAGCAGUAAACCAAUUGAUAAAUCGAGACAUACCAUCCAAAAGUUUGAGAGGUGGGGAUAUAGGGAUUCGUUCCCUUGAGAAAAGCAGUGGAAUUGGCCUACAGGCAUCCAAAGCAUUGAAUUCUAAAUCUACUACAGGAUCUUCUGAUCACUUUGAAGUAGAUGAUAAUUCCAAAUCAUGUCAAUUUGAGAAUUCGGUUCCAAAGGCAAGUGCUGUUAAUGUCAGUGAUGAUGUUAAAAUAGAUACAUUAGAUUGUCCUAAAAGAAGGAGAUCUCUUAGGAUUAGGCAGUUGUCUAAUGAUGAUAAACAAUCUGAGACAUUAGUUGGUUCAUCUAAACCAUCUGCACACCCUGAAGAUAUUGGGAAAUCUACUGCUGGGAAGAGAAAAAUGAGAACAGAUUCUGUAGUCAAAUUCCAUGUGAAUUGCCAAGCUCGCUCAUCUUCGUAUGAUGGUUCAGUAAUAACUUCUGUUGAUCGAAAACAAGGUAAAAUAUCAGAGAUAAAUUUAGAUAAAGCUAACCCAGGGGACAAUAUCAAUAAUUCUGAAGUCUCCAGUUCAGAUGAAUCACCAAGAGAGAGGUACAAGUCAUCUGACUUGGCAUCUGCAACUCAGGCAAAGUGUAAGAUGCCUGUGAAUGAUGCAUCACCCAUUUGUAUGGGUGAUGAAUAUUACAAACAAUCAUGCAAUAGAAAUCUUUCAAGAUCAUGUAAGGAGCUCCAUAGAGAACUUCAAAGCUUGAGUGACAUCAGACCUGAAUUACUUACUCCGUCUAAAGAUUCAAGAAAGAGGAGGGACAUGACUGAUGUUCGAAUUCUUUACAGCCACCACUUGGAUGAAGAUAUUCUUAAGCAUCAGAAGAAGAUUUUAGCACGGCUUGGAGUUUCUGUGGCUUCCUCCAUUGCAGAUGCAACCCAUUUCAUAGCUAAUCAAUUUGUGCGUACAAGGAAUAUGGUAGAAGCUAUUGCUUUUGGUAAACCAGUGGUCACACACUUAUGGAUUGAAAGCUGUGGUCAAGCUAGCUGUUUUAUUGAUGAGAGAAAUUACAUAUUGAGGGAUGCGAAAAAGGAAAAGGAGUUAGGUUUCAGCAUGCCAGUCUCACUAGCACGUGCAAUCCAGCAUCCUCUUUUAAAGGGUCGAAGAGUAUUGGUUACCACAAAUACUAAACCUAGUAAAGAGAUUGUUUCAAAUUUAGCGAGAGCAGUUCAGGGCCAGGUGGUGGAGAAAGUAGGAAGAUCUGUUUUCAAGGGCAAUACAAUUGCAGAUAAUCUCCUGAUCUUAUCUUGUGAAGAAGAUUAUGCCUCUUGUGUGCCUUUUCUUGAAAAGGGGGCAAUGGUGUACAGUUCAGAACUGUUGCUGAAUGGCAUAGUUACUCAGAAGCUGGAGUAUCAAAGUUGCAGGCAUCGACUUUUUGCAGACAAUGUGAAGAAAACUCGUUCCACCUUAUGGUUGAAAAGAGAUGACAGAACAUUUAUUCCUGUGACUAAAUCUAAUUAGAGUGGUUCCAUUUUUACUUUUCCUGUUGAUAAUUUGUAGUUUAGAUCAUGUAGAUACUUUCCAAAACACAUUUCCCAAGUCCCACUCUCCGUAAUAUAUUUAUUAUGUAAAAAUCUUUGAAAGGUUUUUAUGCUCUCUUUUCUUUCAGUUUGAA